GUGUAACGUAAUGAAUGUAUGAGCGUUUGGUUGCAUCAGAGAUGACAUGUGUUUGUGUCCAAUGAUUAUCAUUUCAUAAGAGUUAUUGUUUGUAUUUAUUGUAAAUCAUAUGAAGUUUGGUAAUCACCAGAAGGUUGUCAUUUCGUGGUUUAUAUUUGCAACGAUCGGUGUUUCGGCUUUUUUUGCGGCCAAAGAUUAUGUCAACAAUAAUAAGUUAAAUGCUAUGAGAAUUAGGGAACAGAUUAGACAACAACUAAAAGACAAAGAAAGAUCAAAAAGAGACAAUUAAUUGCAUUUAUUCAUAAAUUGUUUGUAUUGUUAAACAUCGACAAUGAGUGGUCCGCCGGGAGCUGGCCUUACGUUAGAUGCGUCCAAAAUGCAAUUAGUGGCCGAUUUGGAGAUUGAAAUGAUGUCCGAUAUGUAUAACCGGAUGACCCGCGCGUGUCAUCGCAAAUGUAUUCCUCCGAAGUAUAGGGACUCUGAACUCAAUAAAGGAGAGUCCGUUUGCAUCGAUAGGUGUGUCGCCAAGUAUUUGGACAUUCAUGAGAAGAUCGGCAAAAAGUUAACCACUCUUUCACUUCAAGACGAAGAUAUGAUGAAGAAAUUGCAACAACAGGACAACCAAACACAGGCCACCAAUUAGUCAUAUGUUUUCAUACUUUUAUAAUUAAAUUUAGUAUCAAUUAGUGUUAGUAUUAUU